AUGGCGGUCUUACGAUCAAUUUCUUCCAUUUUAAAAAAUGCGCUCAGAUUCCAAACAAAGAGACACAAAUUCUGCUACUUUGGCAAUUGGGAAAGUGGUGCAAAGCAACUGAGUAAGUCAGUACUUGUCUGUUCUUCAAGAAGAUGUGCAAGUUUUUCUACACUAUCAUUCACAAGUUUUAGAAGCACAAAAGUUCGAAACUUUGAAUUGGGUGCAAGCACAGCAGCAGCUAGUAAUGAAGGUUUCGAAGAGGUAGUUGAAGGUCAACCACUACCAGCCUUGGGCUCUUCUUAUACAUGGCCAGAAAAGAAGCCGUCCCAUCCAGACCCACCUCAUAAAAUGAAGGGCAAGAGCCGUUUGUUCACGAUCGGGCUCGUCACCGCCUGGUACUCAUCCAACAUUGGGGUUCUGCUGCUGAACAAGUACUUACUCAGCAACUAUGGCUUCAAGUACCCGAUCUUCCUCACCAUGUGCCACAUGACCGCCUGUUCUUUGCUCAGCUACAUAGCAAUUGCUUGGAUGAAGAUGGUUCCUAUGCAAACCAUUCGAUCCCGGGUCCAAUUCUUGAAGAUCACGGCGCUGAGCCUUGUGUUUUGUGUGUCGGUCGUUUUUGGGAACAUUUCGCUUCGGUAUUUGCCGGUCUCGUUUAACCAGGCUAUUGGGGCCACCACGCCUUUCUUCACUGCGGUCUUUGCCUACUUUAUGACUCUCAAAAGGGAAGCUUGGCUCACCUAUCUCACCCUCGUUCCUGUUGUUACAGGGGUCAUCAUUGCAAGUGGGGGUGAACCAAGCUUCCAUCUGUUUGGUUUCUUAAUUUGUGUCGCAGCAACUGCUGCAAGGGCACUUAAAUCAGUGCUUCAAGGGAUUUUGCUUUCUUCCGAAGGGGAGAAGCUGAAUUCCAUGAACCUCCUUCUAUAUAUGGCUCCGAUAGCUGUUGUUUUCCUACUUCCUGCAACACUUAUCAUGGAAGAAAAUGUGGUUGGUAUAACACUAGCUCUUGCAAGAGAUGAUGUCAAGAUCAUAUGGUAUCUACUAUUCAAUUCAGCAUUGGCAUAUUUUGUAAAUCUGACCAACUUCUUGGUCACAAAACACACCAGUGCUCUGACUCUUCAGGUACUAGGAAAUGCUAAAGGAGCUGUAGCUGUGGUGGUCUCAAUAUUAAUUUUUAGAAACCCUGUUUCCGUGACUGGAAUGAUGGGUUAUUCUCUCACAGUCUUUGGAGUGAUCCUUUACAGUGAAGCCAAGAAACGAAGUAAAUGA